UUCGUCGGUAUAAAUACGGGACCGUCCGAGACUGCUCCGUCAGUUACCGCUUCAUAGCGUAUAUUCCAGCUUUGUCUGAUUUCAGUCUAGGCUCAAUUCGCUGAAAAAUGAAAUCAUUUGCUAUUGCCAGCUUGAUUGCUGUUUUCUUCUCGGUUGCAGUGGAUGCCCAGACAUUUAAGCCAUCUCCACCACCUUCACUAAAGCCUACCCUAAAACCAUCUCUACCCCCUACCCUAAAGCCAUCUCUACCACCUUCUCUUAAACCAUCUCCACCACCGUCACUAAAACCAUCUCUACCCCCUACCCUAAAGCCAUCUCUACCACCGUCACUAAAACCUACCCUAAAACCAUCUCUACCCCCUACCCUAAAGCCAUCUCUAUCACCUUCUCUUAAACCAUCUCUACCACCUACGCUAAAGCCAUCUCUACCACCUUCACUAAAGCCAUCUCUUCCACCUACGCUAAAACCAUCUCUACCACCUUCUCUUAAACCAUCUCUACCCCCUACCCUAAAGCCAUCUCUACCACCGUCACUAAAACCUACCCUAAAACCAUCUCUACCCCCUACCCUAAAGCCAUCUCUAUCACCUUCUCUUAAACCAUCUCUACCACCUACGCUAAAGCCAUCUCUACCACCUUCACUAAAGCCAUCUCUUCCACCGACUCUCAAACCAUCUGUACCACCGAGUCUCAAGCCAUCGCUGCCACCCUCGCUAAAGCCAUUUCUGCCACCUUCAUUGAAGCCAUCUCUACCACCGACGUUUAGACCAACAACUGUCAAGCUUAUUGGGUGAUUACGACAACAGUAGCAGCCUUGGUGGAUCAUUUGGACAUAUGGCGAUGACAAUUAAAUAUUAAUCAGAUAUUAAUAGUCUACAAGUUUCCCAUUUUUAAAAAAUAUUAAAAACUACGUAGAUGUUUCAAUAAAGACAAAAAUUUGCAUACCA